AUGACCAGCUGCGGGCGGUCGCGGGCCAUCAUUACCACAGCCGAGUUGGCCGCCCCUGUGCUUGCUCUGAAGUUCCGCCGGGCUACCUCUAUAUUGGUGGCCUCCUCCAGAAAGACCAACCCUGCUGACUUAGCAUCACGGGGAUUAAUCAGUGCUCAAGACAUCCCGCCUUUGUGGUUCAAGGGUCCGGAUUUUUUGUGUCUUUCCGAUGAUCAAUGGCCCCAAGAAUUCUCGCCACAACCAUCCGAAAAAGACGAUCAGGAAGUACGUUCCAAGUUCCAUCAAUCCCAAGUUCAUGCUUGCACUCGUAUCGUGGGUGAAGGGUUCGAAAAUCUUGAAAUGGCUGUUCAGUCUCGGAUUGAAUCUGGAGGCCUCAAUAACGUUGAAGCUCUCCAUGAACUUAUUUGCGAAGCCCAACUCGAAGCGUUUCGAGAAGAGUUCAACGAACUGCAAUCUAACAAGACCGUCUCCAAAUCCUCGAGGUUGAAUCAACUCUCGCCGUUUCUCGAUACCUUUGGAAUCAUCCGUGCUAGAGGUCGAAUUGGGUUGGCAGAGGUGGGGUACGAUCAAAAGCAUCCCAUUAUUCUGUGUCCUAAAUCUCCGCUCACGAUCCUGAUUGUGGAACAACGUCAUGUCGACCACCAUCAUCCUGGUGUUAACCAUCUGAUGGGCAUACUACGCCAAACGUAUUGGAUUCUUCGAGGUCAAGAAUUGGUUAAAAAGGUUCGAUUGGGUUGCCGGAAAUGCCAAAUUCAGGUGGCUCGACCAGCAAAUCAGGAGAUGGCGGAUCUACCCCAAGAGAGACUCGCUAUUGGACGACCACCGUUUUUCCACACGUCCGUCGAUUUCUUCGGCCCUUUGGAGGUACUGGUUCUUCGGAAUAAGAUCGAAAAACGAAACUUUGUGAACACCCGGGGACAACCUCAAAGUAUGUAUUCGGACAACGGGACAAAUUUUGUGGGUGCCAACAAUUUGUUUGUGGAGUUGGAAUCCAAGAAACCCGAAAAAAUCAAGUCAGUUCGUUGGAAAUUUCAAGUUCCAGGAGCUCCCCAUUGGGGAGGAAUUCACGAAUCCCUGGUUCGUUCAGCCAAAACGGCGAUGGCUAACGUUUUGGAUCAAGAACAAUCUGCCCGUCGUCACCUACGCGAUUACGAGUUGAGGACUAUUUGA